GGGCGCGGACCGAAGGAGGCGAGGGGCGGGCAGCGGGAGCGGACGCGACGGACGCGGCUGGCGGCGCGCGGCGGGCGAGAGCCCGGGACCCGACGGGGAGAGGGACCGCGGGGCGCUCCAGCUGUCCUGCCUUCCCGCUGCCACCAUGUCUUCAGGCCCACCGGGUUCCCCGCGGGCAGACCGCGCCUGACGCCUGUCGCCAGAUGGCCGCGUCCCAGACCUGUGACAGGGGCCGAGUGGCCUCCAUCCUCCGCUAUUGCAUGACGAUCGGCGGCAUGGUGUUUCUGGUGGCCGGGACGCUCUGCUUCGCUUGGUGGAGUGAAGGGGAUGCAGGUGCCCAGCCUGACCAGCGGGUCCCACCUGCUGAGCACGCCGUGUCCCAGGCCCCUAGACCCCUGCUCAGGUCUGUCAGCUUCUUCUGCUGUGGAGCAGGUGGCCUGCUGCUGCUCUGCGGCCUGCUGUGGUUCCUCAAGGCCAGCAGGCCGGGGCCACCCCGGUGGGACCCAUACCGCUUCUCCAGAGACCUGUAUUACCUCACUGUGGAGACCUCGGAGGAGGAGAACUGCAGGACCCCAAAGGUGGUUGCCAUCCCUACCUACGAGGAGGCCACGCACUGCCCACUGGCUGAGGGGUCCCCAGCACCAACUGUGUGCCCCAAGGAAGAAGGCCAGAAGUGUGGCGACGCAGGGGAUGCCCUGCUGGGGACUCCGCCCCCCUUGGCUCCGCCCAGCUAUGAGAGCGUUUUCCUUGCUCUUGAUGGCUGUUCUGGAGACACAACACCUGCUCCAGGUGCUGCAUGCUCCUUCCCAGGCCUGGCUCAGACUGCAGGGCGGGAUGGGGCGAGUUACAGGCUCCUCGCAGGCCCUGAAACUUGCGACAAAAGUGAUGUGUCAUUUCCAGGGUCUCCUCCAGUGCCUGAUAUGCAGUAAGCACCUAACCAUAUGCUGUUUUAAGUGUCUAUUACUGUGUAACAAACCACCCUAAAAUUC